AUAAGUUGUCUAAAAAGUUUGCAAUGUUAGAGCUCAAUGGGCACCCAUAGUUUGCGGUGAUACCAUCCAAUAAUAGGGAAAUCACUUUUAUGAAUCUUCGGACUGUAAAUAUUACGACCAGCUUGUGAAGAACAAGUAGGUACAAUGUCCCUAAAGCCGCGGGUGGUGGAUUUUGACGAGACAUGGAACAAGCUCCUGACGACAAUCAAAGCAGUGGUGAUGCUUGAUUAUGUGGAGAGGGCCACCUGGAACGACCGCUUCUCUGACAUUUAUGCAUUGUGUGUAGCCUACCCUGAGCCCCUGGGGGAAAGAUUGUACACAGAGACAAAGAUAUUCCUGGAAAACCAUGUUCGGCAAUUGUACAAGAAAGUGCUGGAGUCUGAGGAAAAGGUCCUUGGGAUGUAUCACAGAUACUGGGAAGAGUACAGCAAGGGAGCCGACUACAUGGAUUGCUUGUACAGGUACCUCAACACACAGUUCAUCAAGAAAAACAAACUGACUGAGGCGGACCUGCAGUACGGUUACGGAGGGGUGGACAUGAACGAGCCGCUGAUGGAGAUAGGAGAGCUAGCGCUGGACAUGUGGAGGAAACUGAUGAUCGAGCCCCUGCAGACCGUCCUCAUCCGGAUGUUACUCAAUGAGAUCAAAAAUGACCGCUGUGGUGAAGACCCGAAUCAGAAAGUAAUCCAUGGGGUUAUCAACUCCUUUGUUCAUGUUGAACAGUACAAGAAAAAGUUUCCUCUUAAGUUUUAUCAGGAAAUCUUCGAGGGGCCGUUCCUGACGAAAACAGGGGAAUACUACAAACAGGAAGCUUCCAAUUUACUGCAAGAGUCAAACUGCUCGCAGUAUAUGGAGAAGGUUUUAGGGCGGUUGAAAGACGAAGAAGUGCGAUGUCGGAAGUACCUGCACCCAAGCUCUUAUGCCAAAGUGAUUCACGAAUGCCAGCAGAGGAUGGUGGCCGACCACCUGCAGUUCCUGCACGGAGAGUGCCAGAACAUCACCCGGCAGGAGAGGAGAGACGACAUGGCCAACAUGUACACGCUGCUGCGCGCCGUCUCCAGUGGGCUACCUCACAUGAUCCAGGAGCUCCAGAUACACAUCCACGACGAGGGCCUGCGAGCCACCAGUAACCUCUCUCAGGAAAGUAUGCCAACCCAGUUUGUGGAGUCUGUGUUAGAGGUUCACAGUAAAUUUGUUCAGCUCAUUAACACCGUCCUGAAUGGAGAUCAGCACUUUAUGAGCGCACUUGAUAAGGCAUUGACUUCAGUGGUGAAUUACAGAGAGCCAAAAUCCAUAAGCAAAGCCCCUGAACUGCUCGCCAAGUACUGCGACAAUCUGCUAAAGAAGUCCGCUAAGGGAAUGACGGAAAACGAGGUGGAGGAUAAGCUGACCAGCUUCAUCACAGUGUUCAAGUACAUCGACGACAAGGACGUAUUUCAGAAGUUUUAUGCAAGAAUGCUGGCAAAGAGAUUAAUCCACGGCCUGUCACUUUCCAUGGACUCGGAGGAAGCCAUGAUCAACAAACUAAAGCAAGCGUGCGGGUACGAGUUCACAAGCAAACUGCACCGCAUGUACACAGACAUGAGCGUCAGCGCCGACCUCAACAACAAAUUCAACAACUUCAUCAAAACGCAAGAGACCGUCGUCGACCUGGGAAUCAGCUUCCAGAUCUACGUACUACAGGCUGGCGCAUGGCCGCUCACCCACGUCCCCUCUUCAACCUUCGCCAUCCCCCAGGAGCUGGAAAAGAGCGUUCAUAUGUUUGAAUUAUUUUACAACCAGCACUUCAGUGGGAGAAAGCUGACCUGGCUGCACUAUCUCUGCACAGGGGAGGUGAAGAUGAACUAUCUCUCCAAGCCCUACGUGGCCAUGGUCACCACCUACCAGAUGGCCGUACUGCUGGCCUUCAACAACGGCGAGACGGUUAGCUACAAGGAGCUCCAGGACAGCACCCAGAUGAACGAGAAGGAGCUCCUGAAGACCAUCAAGUCCCUGCUGGACGUCAAGAUGGUCAACCACGACUCGGAAAAGGAGGACAUAGAGGCAGAAUCUACAUUUUCUCUAAAUAUGACCUUCACCAGUAAAAGAACAAAGUUCAAGAUCACCACAUCCAUGCAGAAGGACACACCACAGGAAAUCGAACAGACAAGGAGCGCAGUGGACGAGGACCGGAAAAUGUAUUUACAAGCUGCUAUCGUCAGAAUCAUGAAAGCGCGCAAAAUAUUGAGGCACAACGCGCUAAUACAGGAGGUGAUCAACCAGUCCAAAGCCAGGUUCAGCCCCAGCAUCAGUAUGAUAAAGAAGUGCAUCGAGGUGCUGAUCGACAAGCAGUACAUCGAGCGGAGCCAGAGCUCGGCAGACGAGUACAGCUACGUGGCGUGAAGCGUCGGCCCACUGGAGAACAGAGAGCAUUUAUUUGGGCUGUCUCUGGUGUGUUCCUGUAUGGACGAAGCAGAACUGUGCCUCCAUCUUGGGAAUGUUCACAGAGUCACUAGGCAGCCCCCUGCCCCUCCCCCCCUUACGCCCCCCCCUGAAAUACCCCCUUCCCACCCCCCUUCGGCCCCCAGUUUUUACGCUGUUUACAACAUCACCAGUGCCACGCCGUGUGCGUCAAUGAAAAUGCCUAUAGCUACUCGACCGCUGAUAUUACAUUUUUAGUCUACUUAACAGGAAACCUGAGAAGGGGAUGAGCUUGCGACGUUAAAAACGCAAUGACGGACAUUAGAUGGAAACCAUGCUUUUCUUUUUCUCACGUUUGCAGUUGUUGUGUUUUUAUAAAUGUAUCAAAGUAAGAAGAACAAAAAAAAAAAACAUUGUAAUAAAACCGGUAUACUGAUAAUUGUAUCUACUUUAAAAUGUAAAGAAAUUGAGGUGACAAACAAGAUCCUGCUGCUUGUCAAAUAAAUAAAUAAUAAUGAAAAAUAAAGAAACCUGUGAUUUUCUUGUAGGGAAUUCACGGAGGAAUGUG